AUGGGUACAGGUGCUUCGACGACGCGCGUUCAGCGCAUCUCUACUGAUUCUAGUAGUGUUCAACAGUAAGUUUUCUAACUUUUAUCGAUUUUGGGUAGGGUAUGAUAGUGCAAUAUAGGGUAUGAUAGGGUAGGGUAGGGCAGGGUAGGGUAAAGUAGAGGACAGUGGUCGGACAGGCUCAAGUUAUUUUUAAGCUUAUUUAUCUUAUCCUUUUCAGCAAAAAACCACCGCCAGUAGUCAAGCCACCGCGUCGGCAAAGCCUUGGAACAAGUAAAAGACGAGGAUCUGUAAGUCAAAUUAUUUUUUGAUUUUUUAAAAAUUUAUAAAUAGCAGAGGGUUAAAUUGUUUUGAAAUAACGUCAAGUGUCACAAAUAUUAUUUUUUAAAAAUUUGUUGGAAGUAAUACUUGUUAUGGCACUUAACUUCCGAUUUGAAAGCAUUUGUCAUCAAUAAGAGGUAUAUAUAACUUUUGUUUGUCGAGUGCAAUUUUGUCAAAAAAAGGUAAUUGUUGUGCAUUACUAUUAACUUCACUAUUGGUAACAUUUCUAUGAGUUACACUGUAGUACUGCUACAAUAAUAUUGUUGGUUAUUUUAAAAUUCGAAUACAAGAAGUAAUGGCAAAAUGUAUUUAGACGUUAAAUAUACAAGAUGACAAUGAAGGUGGAGACAAGGGAAACGCCGAAUCGUCAGUAAUGCCACAACGCAAAGAAGUCGAAGAAUAUGUAGAAGGCUUGAAACGAGAGGUAAGUUUGUAAUAAAAAAACCGGACUCCGCUUGGCUGGGCUUUGCCUGGUUUGAGCUUGGCUGAGCUGGGCUUGGCUUGCCCGAGUUGAGAUUGCGUUGGCUUAUUAUAGCUUAGCUUAGGUUGGGGUGAUUGGCCUGGGUAAGGUAAGCUAGGCUGUAGAGUUAGACUAAAAUUGUAAUAUUACCUCAGGCCAACUCACAAAAAAUAUUGUUAUAGAUAACAUCACUAGACCUGAAGAACCGUUCCCUGGAAGAUGAAAUAAAAUGGUUGAGGGAACAGCUCGGUCAAACGCCAGAAAAGCCAAGUUCUUUCAGCACGGCUAAACAAAAGCCGAAUGGGAUUUCUGGAGAUAUUAAAGCAAUGUACUUGGAAAUGGUCGAACAACACGAUUUUUUGGUAUGUUAGUAUGAUAAAAAUUGUUUAGUUUUUAUUUAUGUUUUUUUGAAAUAAAAGAAAAAGUGAUCUGACAUGAGGGUGUUGUUUUAGAAAGCAGAAGCGAAAGCUUUGAAAGAAACGUCAGAAAGUCAGAUUCAAGAACUUCAAAGCGAGCUAAAGGAACAAACAGAACGGUACCAGACCAAAGUCAAGUUUGAGCAGGAGAUGAGGGAGAGAAUGGAAGGUAGGAAACUUUUUUAAUUUUUUAAAUUAAAUUUUUAAAAAAAUUGAAAUUAAAAAAAUAUUAUUUUUUAUAUGUUUGUGAAAAGGUCAACAACUGAUACGGAUUUUUAGAAGUGAUUCGAGAACAUCUUGGAGAACAUUAUUUGUAUGGAGUCAGAAGUUCAUUGGCUAGAGAUUCAAGCGUUUCAAUCAGCUCUAACUCAUCGAUCGAGCUGAAGCCAUUGUGUAGAAACUUUUUGCCAAAAGGAGGGCGAAUGGUAAGGCAUUUUGGUGAAUUUACUAGUUUUUUUCAUAUAUUAGUAGACUUGAAAGGGAGCCCUCUAGCACUGGUUCCAAACAGGACCGGUCUCGGGCUGCGACGGGCUGUAUUGUACGGGUGCAAGGGAGAAAUUUGAAUAAAGACUUCAGGGACCUAGGUUAAAAACAAGGCUGGUCUGGCACAAAGUGGGUCUAAAGGAAGAAAUAAAUAAAGGCUAAGGUUAUAAUCACGACUCGGACUUUUUUAAUCCUACAUCUAAGGAAUAAGGCCAAAACAUUAGUUUAAAUUUAUUUUUAAAUUUUGAAAAGCAAUAAGAAUUUGUUAUAAAAAUAUUGUCAUCAUUUCAGAGCACACCCCUAACGGACAGUAAUGAAACGCUGAAUGGAAAACAGUUUGAAAAUUACAAUGACAAGCUACUACCGCCAAUUGCUUCGCCUAGGGGCUUGACUGGGUUUGGGUUGGAUGGUCUUGAACAGGUAAGUAAAUUGAGUUGUUCUUUCUAUUGUGUCUUAUAAACAUAUUUUUUAUUGCCUAAUACCUAACAUCUUAUUUACAGGACCAAAACCAGAACUCACACGACCGACCGUCAACUUCGUCAGCGCUGGAGCAACGGUCACGUAAGACUAGAAGGGAUACAUUAGAAGGUAAGACUAGACCUGUAAAGGGGACGGGAAUAGUAAGCUGCCUUUUAGGUUUAGGUAAGGCGUUUUGCUUAUAACAAUGUGUAUACUAGGUUCAGCUUCGGCUCGGUGCGGAAUUUUUCUGUAAAACAAAUUUUUUCUUGUCUAAAACAACGUUAUUUUCUUCAUUUUUUAGAACUGACAGUCAGUGAAAACGAUUUAAAAUCUUCAAAUGUUAGUGUAUUCCGAAGACCUACAGAAUCACGUCAAAGAAGAUUGAAAAGCCGAGAACGGCGGUUGAACGAUAGCCAUCGGAACGCUCAAGCAAAGCGUAGAGAAUCUGAGGAAAUUGAAGUUGAAAGCAUCACUAGCAACGAUGUAAGUGCAAUGUACGGAGUAAAAUGUAAAGUUUGAUAUGAUUUGGUUGUUCAAAGAAUUGUGCUUGUUUUCAAAGCAAAUUUUUUGGGGUUAGGGGCUCAGAAAUAUUUGAAAAAUUUAAUAUAAAAAUUACAAAAAAUGGCUGAAAAAUUAAAAUUAAUUAAUAUAAUUUCAAAUGUUUUAGAAUUUCGCUGAUAACGAAGACGUAGACGAGAUCCUCAACGUGUCUAUACCUUCAUUGGCUUCCAUAAAGCAUUCUGGAGAUAGUGUAACACCGGUGGAAAGGUUUAGCCGGCUGUCAACUUCUGCCAAAAGCCGAGAUUCUGGCUUCUUGGGAGAUACGAUUGGGGAACGAACUAUUGUGCGGUAA